CCAAAAUCACCUUCAUCUCUCCCUCCUCCCCACACUUCGAAACCCAAAUCAAACAAGCUAGAAACUUUCGUCCUCAUCAUCAUCACCUCUUUUACACAUUUCGCCGAGAAUCAUUAUCAAAUCCGUACAGAUCUCACGACUAGCAGCUUCACUAUCGGCACACAGUAUAACCCUAGCCCUGUACCGAGAAAAAUCAAAUUCCGAUGGAAAAUAAAGCUCCUCGAAAACGGCCCAAUCAAUCCCCAGAAGCUAAACAAAAGAAGCGGGUCGUGUUGGGGGAGCUCACUAACAUAUUGUGCAAUGUCCCCCGGGCGACCCAAAACUCGGCUGUGGGAAAAACCAGAGAGAUCGGGACCGAGUCUUUAACCGAGAGAGCUGGAAAUGGGAGGAAUUCAGGCUUGGAGGGUAGUGCAGGAUCUUGUAAGCAGCAAAAAUUUGGAUAUGCUGCUUCCAUAUUUCAGCAUCUACACUCUUUGGAGGUUGAGGUGAAAAGGAGGCCUUUGUCUAAUUACUUGGAAAAAGUUCAGGAGGACAUAAAUCCAGCUAUGAGGGCCAAACUGAUUGACUGGCUAGUUGAGGUUGCAGAGGAGUACAAACUUGUUUCAGACACACUGUAUCUCACUGUAAAUUAUAUUGACCGAUACCUUUCUACCCAUAAGCUGCUCAGAAAUAAGCUUCAGCUUCUUGGUGUAUCUUGCAUGCUAGUCGCAUCAAAACAUGAAGAAAUCAAACCCCCGCACAUCGAAGAUUUUUGCUAUAUGACGGACAACACGUAUUCAAAAGAUGAGGUUGUGCAUAUGGAGAGAGAAGUCCUCAAAUUGUUAGAUUUUGAGAUGGGUAACCCAACAACUAAAACAUUUCUCAGAAUUUUUACCAGGGCUGCUCAGGAAAAACUCGCGUUUUCAAAUCUCCAGUUCGAUUUUUUAUGCUAUUAUCUUUCGGAGCUAAGUUUAUUGGAUUACGGUUGUGUCCAUUACGUUCCAUCAAUGGUAGCUGCCUCAGCCAUCUUUCUUGCAAGAUUGAUUAUGCAGCCAGAAUCUCCCCCAUGGACCCAGGCAUUGCAAAAGCACACGGGUUACAAACCAUAUGAAUUGAAAGUGUGUGUUUUCAAACUUCACAAUCUGCUUCUCAAAAGUGAAACGUAUACACAAGCUGUCAGGCAGAAGUAUUUGGAUCACAAGGUAAGGGCCAUGAAAGUAUGGGUGUCCGGUAAGAUUUGUGAAGCUGUUGUAAGUUGCAUUGUUUGGAAGAAAUUCAAACUAACUUGUCAGGUUGAGGUGAAAAGGAAGCCUUUGUCUGAUUACUUGGAAAAAGUUCAGGACAUAAACGCAGCUAUGAGGCCAAAGAUGAUUGUAUCUUAC